AUGUGUACCUUUUCUCGUAUCGUCAUUCUAUUUUUUCUAUGGGCAAUUGUUAAUCAAUCCAUUACAGAUGCAUUUCGUAAUAAUGCCGAUGAAUGUUGUGAAACAGGUCGCAUUGAAGCUGAACAUACUAAAACAUGUAAUAUGGCAUUACAAUCAUUAAUAACAGAAAAUAAUAAAAACAUUUCAACAAAUUGUCUGUUUUUAACACAUAUUUGUUGUUUGUCAAAUUUACGAAGUUACUUUUGUGAAGAGGGUCUAAAAUCAGCUCUUCGUUUAUUACCAUGUAAUCAAAAAAAACUUGAUUCAAAAGAUUCGUAUCAGAUAUGUUGUAAAUGUUGUGAAUUAGGCAUUCGAGCAGGUCGCGAUAAAGCAGAUUGUGAACCGGUGACUGUACUCGAUGAACGAUGUGGUGAACAAUUUACGAAUUGUUGCUUAAAAGCAAAAUCUUUAAAUUGUGACAUGGGUUUUCAAAUGGAUGAUGAUCAUCAACGAUGUCGAGAUAUAAAUGAGUGUCUUUCAAAUCCAUGUCCAAACACGAUGCAAUGUGAAAAUACACCUGGUAGUUUUCGAUGUAUUGAAGGAUGCGAACAAGGUUAUACAUGGUCAAUUAAACAUGGAGCAUGCCGAGAUAUUGAUGAAUGUGCACUAAACAAACAUAACUGUACAUUUGGGCAUCGUUGUGAAAAUAUGCCAGGUUCAUAUAGAUGUAUUCGUGAGAGAAAUUGUGGUACUGGCUAUCAAGUGGAUCCUGUUACGCAAACAUGUGUGGAUGUUGAUGAAUGUGAACAAGAUAUUGACGAGUGUGGGCAAGUGAUGAUUUAUUAUUAUACUCGAAUAGGAGAAAAAGCACGAGCUCUAUCUAAGUUUAUCGUUUUAUUUUUUGUAUUUAGACCUGGAUAUAUCUGUAAAAAUGUCCCUGGAACCUAUAAGUGUGCACCUCAAAAUUGUACAUAUGGAGAAAAAUUUAAUGCCUUUCAUGGUCGUUGCGAAAAAAUUCAAUGUCGAUCAGGAUUCAGUUUAACAUCAUCGGGAAAAUGUGUUGAUGUAAACGAAUGUGGUCAAAAUCCAAGUCCAUGUAAACGUAGUGAACGUUGUGAUAAUACGCCUGGUUCAUAUCGUUGUGUACAAACAUUUACUUGUGCAAGUGGCCUUCAAAUGAAAGAUCUCGAAUGUCUAGGUAUAUUUCAAACCAAGGUUUUCUUUUAA